GGUUCUGCAGCUUCUCACCGCCAAAAUUUUCCCAUUGUUCUGCGACAGAAGACCCCGGCAACUACGCCCCUCGCAAUCGCAGGAGAGAGACGAUAACAACCGCGAAUAUGGCAACAGUUGCACCACCACCGUCGAAAAGGCAGAGGAGGGAGGAGAUCGAACGCACAACAACACAACAAGAUGUCACACCCAUCCUCGCGACCGACCUUGGCUCGUUCAAGGCCAAUUUUGUCGACAGCGAUGGCAAUCAGAUGGCCGACGUGAUCGAGAUCAACUUUGGCGAUGCGACCGAGAAGAACGUUUCGACGCUCUUGAAUACAUUGUUAGGGAGGGACCGCGAAGACUUCACCCCAUACCGCUUCCGCAUCCACAUCCCUGGCAAAGAUGUUAUCAUAGACCAGUAUCCCACCGAUUUGCUUGGGCUGCUUCAGAAACACGGAGUUACCAACCCUUUUGAGACCACAAUUACGCUCAGCGCCGAACCCCAAGCGGUCUUCAAGGUCCACGCCGUCUCGCGUCUCGCACAUCGUAUCCCCGGUCACGGUCAACCGAUCCUGGCCUGCCAAUUCUCCCCGAUAAAUUCCAGCCGUCUGGCGACUGGAAGCGGCGACAACACGGCCCGCAUCUGGGACACGGAUUCCGGCACGCCCAAACACACGUUGAAAGGACAUACAGGUUGGGUUUUAGGGGUCAAUUGGAGUCCAGAUGGCAAACAACUGGCCACGUGCUCCAUGGAUAAGACAGUCCGGAUAUGGGACCCCGAAACGGGGAAACCGGUCGGGCAGGACUUCAAGGGGCACGCUAAGUGGGUGCUAGGCGUAGCGUGGGAGCCAUAUCACUUAUGGAGAGAUGGCACGCCCCGUCUUGCAAGCGCGAGCAAAGAUGGCACAUGCCGGAUAUGGGUGGUGAACUCGGGCCGUACGGAGCACGUCCUCAGCGGUCAUAAAGGGUCGGUGAGCUGUGUGCGGUGGGGCGGGACUGGUAUGAUCUACACAGGAUCCCAUGAUAAAGCUGUACGAGUUUGGGACGCUGUGAAGGGCACGUUGGUGCACAGUUUUACUGCCCACGGGCAUUGGGUUAACCACAUUGCUCUGUCGAGUGACCACGCCCUACGAACUGCUUAUUUCGACCAUCCUACCGCGAUCCCCGACACUGAAGAAGGCAAGCGGGCGAAGGCGCAGGAGAGGUUUGAGAAGGCAGCCAAGAUCCAGGGCAAGGUGGCCGAGCGGCUUGUCUCAGCCAGCGAUGACUUCACCAUGUACCUGUGGGAUCCGACCAACAACGGCAACAAGCCAGUUGCGAGGCUCCUGGGUCACCAAAAUAAGGUGAACCAGGUACAGUUCUCCCCUGACGGGACACUUAUCGCCAGCGCCGGGUGGGACAACAGCACGAAACUCUGGAAUGCCAGGGAUGGCAAGUUCCUCAAGAGCUUGAGGGGCCAUGUGGCACCGGUAAGCCACAGUCCAACUCCGGAACGACCAGCCCGUCAUCCAUACGUAUCACCCAUCACAGGCUGGCUAACUGACUCAACCGCGCAGGUCUACCAGUGUGCCUGGUCCGCCGACAGCAGGCUCCUCGUCACAGGCAGCAAGGACUGCACGCUCAAGGUGUGGAAUGCGCGCAACGGCAAUCUCGCGAUGGACCUACCGGGCCACGAAGACGAGGUCUACGCCGUCGACUGGGCGGCCGACGGGAAGAUGGUCGGCUCGGGCGGGAAAGACAAAGCCGUGAGGACGUGGAGGAACUGAGGCAACCGAGCAAGUCGACGAGGGGUUGUUGCCGGGGCGGGGGAAAAAAAAGGACGGGAGCCGAUGAUACCCUGCCAUGCCAUGCGGUG